CAUCAGUCGUGUUUGAAGAGCACACAUAGCGUAGAAUUUGGCAUUAGAGUCGUCAAUCCCAAGCAGGAAUAGUCGUCAGUAUGAAGGUCUUUGUGUGUCUGAGUGCGCUUUUUGCCGUGGCAAACGCCGGGUUUCUGGGACUGCUCGGAGGUGGCGGUGGCGGCGGCGGUGGUGGUGGCGGCAGCAUCAAGUCGGGCCUCAGCCUGGGAGGCGGUAACGGCGGUUACGGUGGUGGCUAUGGCGGUGGCUACGGUGGCUACGGUGGCGGCCACGGUGGCGGUCACGGUGGCGGUCACGGUGGCUUGCACGGGCAUGGACCCGUACAAGUGGUUAAAGUCAUUCAUCAGCAAGGUGGUAUCUCCGGCGGUGCUGGCUAUGCUGGCGGCUAUGGCUACGGACCCGCACCACAGGUGUACAAGGUAAAGGUGAUCUCUGGCGGCGGCUUGGGCCCAGCUCCCAUCUACCAUGGCGGUGGUGGACCCGCCUCUGUCAAAGUGAUCAAGGUUUUACAUCAGGAGUCUGGCCCUCUGAUCGGUGGAGCCAUCGUUGAGAGUGGCCCACAGAUCAUUAAGGUUUUGCAUGAGAACCACGAUAAUGGCCACCACAUCCAUGUCGGCCCAUCUGUGCAGGCGCCUGCCAGGGUGGUGCGUGUCAUUCACGAGCAUUCUUCGCUGUCUGCUCCCGCUCCCAUUUACACUGCACCCGCACCAGCUCCAAUCUACAGUGCACCUGCACCAGCUCCAGUUUACAGUGUACCUGCUCCAGUUCCAGCUCCAAUCUACGGUCCACCUGCACCAGCUCCAGCUCCAAUCUACAGUGCACCGGCGCCAGCUCCCAUCUACAGUGCACCCAUCUCAGUUCCAGCACCCGCACCCGCCCCUCUUCCCAUUUACAAUGCCCCAGCACCUGCACCCAUUCAGUACAGCGCUCCCGUUCAGGUUCAGACUCAAUACACUGCUCCUGCCCCGAUUCAGUACAGCGCUCCGCUCCCGGCCCCAUCACCCGUGCUGAGCGUGCCAGAGCCCGCACCCGGUCCAACCUUUAACCAAGGCUCAGUCUUGAGCAUCCCCGCGCCGGUCGAGGAGGCACCAUUGCCCAUCGGCCAUGCACCCGCCCCGAGCUAUGGCCCGCCUCAGCUUUAA